ACUUCACAGUUCACACUCUUAUUAUCCCUCCUUCCUCCCAUAACCUCCAUAUCUCCUCUGCUGCAACUAGUUCCAAAAAUGGCCAUCAGAAAAUCAAACAAACUCCCUCAAACCGCAGUUCUCAAGCAAAUCCUCAAAAGAUGCUCGAGCUUGGGAAAGAAGCACGACUACGACGAGGAUGGGCUUCCCCUGGACGUCCCAAAGGGUCAUUUUGCAGUCUAUGUCGGUGAAAAGAGAAGUAGGUACAUCGUCCCGAUUUCCUUCUUGACUCACCCCGAGUUCCAAUGCCUCCUCCGCCAAGCCGAGGAAGAAUUUGGGUUCGAUCACGACAUGGGUCUCACCAUUCCCUGUGAAGAAGUCGUCUUCCAGUCCCUAACCUCCAUGCUCAGAUGAAAAAGAAGGUCAAGAAAUUGAUGGGUUCUCUUGGAGAAGAUGGCUAAGAUGAAGCAGCACAUUUGCUUCUCUUUUUUUCACAUCUUUCUUCAUUUGUCAUUCUUGAUCCUUUCUUUCUUUUUCUUUUCUUUUUUGGCUUUUUUUGUUGGAGGCCCAUUUUGGGUUUUUUAUGUUUAAUGACUCUAACUUGAAAGUUGAAACCCAAAGACAUAUUGUGGGUUAAAAAUGUAUAAAGCUUGAGAUUUUCCUCAUAGAGGUGUUUGUUUACACCCUUUGAGAGAAGUUUAUGUUUAACCCAUUCAAAUCUCUCUCA